CGCGCUCGCGUCGUUUCUCACCUCCUCUCGCGUCGCGGCGGAAGACGGUGGCGAUGGGGAAGCGAUCGGAGAAAUGCGGAGGGAAUGGGGAAUUGGCGGCCAGGAGGUCCGGGCUCGCGGCGACGUGCGGCCGCCGGAGUCGGAAGAGGAGGAGGGCGGCGGUGGCGAAGCGGGAGCGCCGGAUUCCCCACCGGGAGCUCCGGAAACGAAGCGGUGGACUCCGGCCUCCGAUCGACGAGCUGGCUAGGGGGAGUUUAGGCGGCCGCCGGUGCAAAUCGAGCCCCGAUCUCGGUCGCAUCUCUCGCUGCUCCAGCGACGCCUCCUCCGAAGCGUCGACGACUCCAUCGCGGUCGUCGGAGCUUGGGCAGCGACGCGACGCUGCUUCGCUUUUCCGAUCCAACGGCGAAAGAGAAGAAACGACGGCCUCGGGCAACCACCGAGGCGAGACUAGCGAUGUGGACUCCACGGUGGAGACGGAUCCGUGCAGGAGGCGUUGGGCCGCAGCGACACCGCCGGAGGCGGAGCUGGAAGAGUUCUUCGCAACGGCAGAGAGAAAUCUGCGUCAGCGAUUCGCCGAGAGGUACAACUUCGACGUCGUCAACGACGUGCCCAUGGCCGGUCGCUUCGAGUGGAUUCCAUUAACUCCCUGAAGAAAACCAGAAAAAAAACCAAGACUCUUCAAUUCCCUCCCCUGUCAGUUCCCUCUAAUCAAUUGCGCCAUUCAAACUCCCUGUACAGCUACCUCGUGCCCGCGGCCGCAUUUCCCUAAUUUCCUAAUCUAAUUUCUCGCACUGACACUGAUGCAACCGCAUGAUGGCAACAGGCGGAGUCCUUCUCUCUCUCCCCUUUUGAACUCAAGCGUUGAGAUUCCUUUUUCUCAGAAAACUGCUCCUUUUCCAGCGCAUCUGAGUUGGGAAUGAGUAAAAUCAUGAAUCUCGCUUCAAAUUCCACGAGCAUCGCCAUUAAAAUAAGCCUGACUGCGAUUGCUUCGGAUCUGCUGCGCAAUGUGCGCAUGUGAUCCUCCGGGGGAAGGAAUGUCACUGUACUCAAAGUCAACAUUUCAUAUCCCUCCCUCUCUCUGAUUUUUUUUUUUGUUUUUGUUUUCCUUCAUCAUCAUCAUCAUGAUCAUGCUCCUUUUUUUUUUCCUUAUUCUGGUCAACUCGUUUUGAUGGCUUGCUUGAUUAAAUCUUCUUCCAGUUUUUUUUAAUCCUAAAGUGAUGAUGAUCCACUCGAUUGCUCUGAAUAUGAUUUCAGUCGAGUACACUUUUUCUGAAAGAUGAUUUUUGCUGAUUGGUGUACUGUGUCUGUGAUGUCCUCUGGUGUCGAGUAGAACAUAUGCUGAAAUUAAUUGCAAAUAGGGGUUAAGGAUUGCUGUCAUCUCUUUUGUUGCUUGAUCAUAAAUUUUCUUCUGUACCAUGCAAAUUAAAGUGAACUGUUUGAAGAAGAAUCUCAUGUGUUCACUGUUUGUAAAAUAAAGGCAGGGAAUCUAGUGGACUUGUAGUUGCUUGUAGCUUAAUUGUGGAAUGUACUUCUUUCAUCAACAAGGAAAAAUAUAUAUAUUUUUUUUGUC